AUGUACAGCUGUGUCACCGCGCUCCGAGUGUUUGAACUGACGGAGAAACCGCGGCUCAGAAACCACCACGCGAAGCUGCAGACCCGGCAGGAAAGGCGAGCCCUCGCCCCGGGCAGCCGCCCCGCUCCGCCGCGCCAUGCAGAAAGUACCUCUGAGCCUGAUUCACGAAAAACAUACACUCUACAGAAUUACUUGAACAAUGACUACAAGUACAGAACACAUAAUUUGCAGUGGAUUUCAGGAAAUCAGUAUCUUCACAAAACAGCUGAUGGGAACAUUCUACGUAUCAAUGCUGACACAGGAACAUCCUCAGUAAUCUUGGCGAAUACAACAUUAGAUAAAUACAAGGCAACCACAGUUAUAUUGUCUCCUGACCAAAAGUUUGCUCUUCUGCAGUACAGCUAUACAAAGUUGUGGAGGCAUUCCUAUACAGCUUCAUAUCACAUCUAUGAUUUCAAUAGCAGUUCUAUUUUAGAUGGCAGACUACUACAUAAUGAUACACAAUAUAUAUCCUGGUCACCUGUUGGUCACAAACUGGCAUAUGUUUGGAAUAAUAAUGUUUAUAUAAAAACUUCACCAACAACAGAACCUGUGCAAAUCACUAAAAAUGGAGAAGAAAAUAAAAUUUUCAAUGGAAUACCAGAUUGGGUUUAUGAAGAGGAAAUGUUUGGCACCCAUUCUGCUCUGUGGUGGUCUCCAAAUGGCAAUUUUGUGGCAUAUGCAGCAUUUAAUGAUACAGAAGUUCCUGUUAUAGAGUAUUCCUUUUAUUCUGAGGACACCUUGCAGUAUCCAAAGACCGUUAGAAUACCGUAUCCCAAGGCAGGAGCUAAAAAUCCAACUGUGCAACUCUUUAUUGUGGAUACUAAAUCUCUUCCCGAGUUCCGCUCUGCCGAAAUUUCUCCACCUGAAGAAAUAAAAUCAGGGGAUCAUUAUUUGAGUGUUGUAACAUGGGUGACAGAUGAAAGGAUCUGUCUGCAGUGGCUCAGAAGAAUUCAGAAUUUUUCAGUCCUCACAGUCUGUGACUUUGAAAGUGCUACUGGAAAUUGGUCAUGUCCACAGGAAAAACAACUUAAGGAAGAAAGUACAACUGGCUGGAUUGGCAGAUUUCAGCCAUCUGUCCCUCACUUUGCACCUGACAAUGCUACCUACUACAAAGUCUUCAGCAAUGCAGUAGGCUACAAGCAUAUCCAUUACAUAAAUGGCUCACAGGCUCCAGUACCCAUUACUGAAGGAAAAUGGGAAGUAAUCAGCGUAGAAGCUGUAACUAAUAACUUCCUAUACUACAUUAGUAAUGAAAACAAUGGAAUGCCAGGAGGAAGAAAUCUUUAUAAAGUGCUCUUGGAAAGCAGUCCAAGUUCUACUAAAUGUGUUAGCUGUGAUCUGAGUCAAGAAAGAUGCCAGUAUUAUUCUGUGUCCUUCAGCAAAGACGCACAGUAUUAUCAGCUAGAUUGUCGUGGUCCCGGCCUGCCCAUGUCUACUAUGCACAGGAGCAGUGAUGAUCAAGUCCUCAGAUACUUGGAAAAUAACACUGAACUGGAAAAUGCAUUGAAAGAUAUUCAGAUGCCUUCAAAAAAAAUUGGUUUCAUUAGUGUAGGUGGAUACAACCUGUGGUAUCAAAUGAUAUUGCCUCCCCAUUUUGAUUCAUCAAAGAAGUACCCUCUGCUCCUUGAUGUGUAUGCAGGACCCUGUAGUCAGAAAGUAGAUUAUGUCUACCGGAUCAGCUGGGCUACUUACCUUGCCAGCACCGAGCAGAUCAUUGUGGCCAGCUUCGAUGGCAGAGGAAGUGGGUACCAAGGGGACGAAAUUAUGCAUGCUAUAAACAGAAGGCUGGGAACAUAUGAAGUGGAAGAUCAGAUAGAAGCAGCCAGAAAAUUUUCUGAAAUGGGCUUUGUUGAUAAGGACAGAAUAGCUAUUUGGGGUUGGUCUUAUGGGGGAUAUGUGACCUCCAUGGUGCUUGGCUCUGGAAGCGGCGUGUUCAAGUGUGGAAUAGCGGUUGCCCCCGUGUCACGUUGGCAAUAUUAUGAUUCAAUAUACACAGAGCGAUACAUGGGCCUUCCUAUAGCAAGUGAUAAUCUGAACAACUAUAAUAGUUCAACAGUAAUGGCCAGAGCUGAAAAAUUCAAGGAAGUUGAAUAUCUCCUUAUUCAUGGAACAGCAGAUGAUAAUGUUCACUUUCAGCAAGCAGCGCAGAUUUCCAAAGCUCUUGUUGAUGCUGAAGUGGAUUUUCAGGCAAUGUGGUAUACUGAUAAAGACCAUGCCAUCACGGGUCAAGCACAUAAGCAUAUUUAUACCCAUAUGAGCCAUUUCAUAAAGCAGUGUUUCUCACUGUCCUAGCACCAGCAUUUUGGUUGUUUCUGAUGGUUCUUCUCCAGAAAAGUCUAGCUAAUGUACAGAGCCAGUAUAUGAACUUUUAAGAAUCAAAAUGAGAUAAGGGUCAGCUCUUGGGAUACCUGUAUACAUAAUGAAAUGCUGAUCUUUAUAAUGACUUCUGUUGCCAAGCAACUAUUGUAUUUUUAUUGAUUGUGUUUAAUCAGGUUUUAACAUCACCAGAAUGUGGGUAUGUUGCAGACUUGUAGAAAGCAUGAUACUUACUUGAAUCAGUACCUGUUGAUAUUUCAGUCUAAAAGACAAAUAGUCCAGUUUCUAUAUUAGGUAAUGAAUGAUGAAAAUGUCACAAAGGAACUAAUGUGGAGAUCAGUUUAAUAAAAAUUUCUGUGAAAAUACUGAUAAAACUUUGAAGAAAUUUUCCAGAAAUUACUUAAUGCUUUAUCAAUUAUUAUUUUAGAAACAGUAUCAGGAAUAAUAAUAUUUUCUGUGCAGAAUCAACCACUUUACUGUAGUUGAGUUAGUAUUUUCUCUGCAAUCUCUUGGAUUACAGUUGUGAAAGUCUCGCAAGGGAAGUAUGUAACCAGCUUUCACCAAAGAUUUUUAAUUAUACCUAUUCAAACCAACGGCACUGAAUUUCUUUGUUUCAUAGCACUGUGGGUUUUGCUUACUUUAUAGUCAAAAAGGCUGCUACUGUGGGAAUCUGCACUGGUAGAAUCUUAAUGGUGGGCUGCUAGAGUUCUAAGAUGUUUCUCUAUGGGACAGAAAAUCUUUUUCCUUAGAGUUUCCUAUUUACUGAUGAAUAGGAUAUAUUCCUUGCACUCAAACAUAAAACUUUAUAAUGCAAACUAGCAGGCACUUAAAGCAAGGGCUAGACUGUAACUCUCAUGUGAACAUGCUAUUUAGUCAACCUGCUUUUUGUUGCAGGCUACCAGUAAACUUCUGAUUUAUUUUCAGCACUCCAGGUAGGCUUCUCCAUCUGAAGAUUACAUUAGUUUUCUUAAUUUCACAUAGAUAGAAAAGAUGCAACCCACUUGUACUACAAACUGUGCUGCUUUAAAAUAAUAAAGACAUUAAGUUAUAAAAGGAGGUGUAGUUGUAUCACUGAAAACGUUGCUCAAGAAAUGAACUCCUAGAAUUUUACAAAAAUCCAUUGAUUUUGACAGACACAGUGAAGUUUCUGCUUUUGUUUAAUGGUAUCAUGUAAUGGAGUGUCACAUGAUUAUCUUACUUAGCUUCUUUGUAUUAGACACCAGCAUGUGAUUAUGUAUGUAUUUUGGGUUAUUGGUGACAUCAGGUGUGAAUGUACUUGUACAGACAAAGCAUGGGGGAGAAUGUCAAGACAGUUUGUGCAGCUUGUCCUUAAAUGAGAAAGAGAAGAGGGCCUGAGCUAGAAAAUAAGGUUUUGGGCUCAUAAACAAAACAAAACUUCCUUGACUUACAAAAUAAGGGUUUUUGGGAAACAAACUGGAGAUGGGUAUUACAAAUAUAAUCUUGGGCUCAGUGUAUUAGUGGCUCUAAUGUAGACAGUCACCAGUGUUAAAGUCCUGUAGGAUACAGGCUGUCAGUAGACUUGAAGAGGUUAUAGUAUUCAUGUCUCUGACUUUUUUGACUUAAGGGAAAGAAACAGAAAUCAGUAGAUAACAGUAAUGCAGAUACGCUAUAAAAAAUGAUCAUUAUGAACUUCUAGAUGGCUUGUGUAUGCAAGGGGAAAA